GCUGCUAGGUCCUUGUGUCAGCACCUUUCGGGGUCCUUGGAGAGGCACGGGAAUGGACCAUGUCGCGACGUCAUCGGGAAGUGUGUACACGCUCCAGCAGCAUUUCCGGUCACGAGAAGUACUUCUACACGACGUGACCAUUCGCAUCCAUCACAUGGCCAAACAUAUCCUACCUCCCGACGAAAGCGAACUCCCCCCACCAAAGAUCCCGUGGAACAAGAAUGUGUCCAUGUCGAUGGUCGCAACCACGACUUACAUCCCGUACUCGGGCGAGGCACAGGCAACUUCAUCGUCAUCUGACACGUUUAUCUUGCACAACUUUCGAGAGUUUCUCUUUCUGUACCCGUUCGACAACAUGGAGACUGCCGUCGACAUCAUGCGGUUUACACACAUCCCGAUCUGCCACGACUUUCGAGUGCCGAUGCUGCCUGUCCAGCCUACGAACCUAGUCGUCGCCUUGGCGUCCUGCGACAUCCUCGUGUUCGAUCCACUGCAUGGGCUUGACACAUCCUCCCAUCACAACCGCAACGGCGGGGUGUGCAGCAGCCCCAUUGCAGCUGCAAAGUGGGUCCAGCAGAGCCACACCGAGUUUGCCGUCGCGCACGAGAACGGGGCCAUCUACGUGUACGACCACACGUUUCAGGACGAGUCGUCGUACGACUCGAUGGACAUCGAGCAGCCAGAAGCAGAGUUCACGCUACUGAAGCAACGUGAAGAUCGAACAAACCCCGUGGCGUGCUGGCACGUAUCAUCCCAAGCCAUUUACGACCUCGCGUUUUCACCCAACGGCAAGUACAUGGCGUGCGUUGGCAAGACGGGCGCCUUGACUGUGUUUCAGUACCACAUGCAACGGAAGAUUGCCAUGAUGCAGAGUCAUUUUGGCGCGCUCACGUGCCUGUCGUGGAGCCCCAACAGUCUGUACAUCGUGACGGGCGGCCAGGAUGACUUGGUCACGCUGUGGAGCCUCCAGCACAACUCUGCGCUUGCGCGGUGUGAGGGUCACGAGUCGUGGGUAAAGACUGUUCGAGCAAUGCUUCGUCGCCCACCACCCGUUCCAAGUCGUUUUCAUGCAUGCAGGUGACAAGUGUCGCAUUCGAUCCUUGGUUCACUUCCCACACAUCGGUGCGAUUUGGCUCGGUCGGGGAAGAUGGCAUCCUGUGUCUAUGGGACUUUACCCUUCCCGAUGACGACACCAAGCUGUACGACAUGAGCCCUGUGCUGCGGGUGAAAGUGGCGGCUGGACCGCUGACCCACAUCGUGUUCCAUGCAACUUCGAUUGCGUUGACCAGCAGAGAUGGCAGCCUAUGGAUAUACUCGCGCCCAUCGUCCGAUGCGCUGCCUUCCCCCGACUUGGCCCACACCAUACCAUCGUAUUCGUUCUAGUAAGGCGUGAAAUGGAUCCAGGAUUGUUUCAAAUAAAUAUUUCUUCUUCCUACA